GAUAGGCAGUAGUCGAGUUCAAGCUCUCAAAAACAGACGCAACAUAACUACUUAACGGCCAAUCAUAAGCUGCACGCGCCACCGUGCGGUCGCGACUAUUAAAUUAAAAAUCGGCACGAUAUUUCCUCAGAAUAAAUACCCUAAACAUUACGUCAAUUUAACAAAAUAAACGGUAUAGUUUGCGUAGUAUGCUAAAAGCAAAUGAACUGUAUAUUGGCGAUCGGUAAUCAAAAUGACGUUGCGGGUCGAAGUGCCCGAAAAGAUCUUGAGUAUAGAAUCAUGCAAGUGCAAAUCGUAUGAGAAAGAUAUAAAAAAAUCUGAAAAAAAAUUCAGUGGCCGGUUGAAGGAGUUCAUCAAAAAGACAUGGGCUCUGAAAUCAAAAGUGACAGUGGAACCGUAUGUAAUAUGUUACGUGCUACCGAGUGUUUUAGCGGGAUUAGCUGUACAGAAUUUGUGUUUAGAGAAAUCGUGCCUAGUAAAUUUAAAGUACGACGAGGAGACGUGCAGCCACAUCAUGCAAGGUCGCACACACAAUUAUACAGAGCAAGAGAAGAAUGUUCAGAAGAUGGUGGCGGGAAUGACGGCGUGGAGCUUCCCUUUACAGACAGCACUGCCUGGCAUUUUAACCCUGUUUGUGGGUGCGUGGAGCGAUCGCACAGGGAACAGAAAGAGCUUCAUGGUGUUCCCGAUUUUAGGAAAACUCUUAUCAUGUUUCGGCAUUAUCCUGAGUACAGUAUUCUUUCUCCAAGUGGGUUUAAACGAAACGGCCAUAAUCGAGGGCCUGCCUCCAGCAUUGGCUGGUGGUCGUGUUGCAAUGACAAUGGCGGUAUACAGCUAUGUCACGGAUAUCACAAGUGAUUCUGAACGGACUUUUCGUUUAGGGAUUAUCACAGCUAUAUUGACUCUCAGCAGGCCGAUCGGGCUCGCUCUUAGUGGAAUAAUGACAAAACGUUUUGGUUAUUACGGUGUUUUUACUGUAGCGUGUAUUUUCUACAUGACUGGUUUUGUGUAUAUCCUUCUGAGGCUGAAGGAAAAGAAGAAGAAGAAUAUUGAUGACGAAGUACCUGAAACGGUGCUCUCCAUGUUCUCGGUGCAAGAUUUCGCGGCAACUGUGAAUGUAGCAUUAAAGCAGCGCGAGGGCUCGCGGCGUUUGCAAAUCGUGUUAGUUAUGUUUGCAUACAUGUUCAUCGUAGGACCUGUUUUAGGUGAGGCGCAGAUGACGUACUGGUUCACUCGCUACAAGUUCAAGUUCACCGAAGUUGACUACAGCUUGUUCCUCACAUACUCCGUACUUGUUGGCUCUAUUGGUUCCUUCAUAACAAUAUACCUGUUCAUCAAGCGAUGGAAGAUAGAGGACAGCAUUAUCGGCAUAGUGGCCUGCCUCAGCAGAGUGGCCGCGAGUGUUGUGUACGCAAUGGCCCCCAGCAGAACAGUGUACUUCCUGGGGCCUGUUCUCGACAUGUUCAGCUCGGCUGGAGCUACAUCACUACGGUCCAUUGUUACGAAACUUGUGAAAGCUGAUGAAGUUGGUAAAGCGAGCUCUCUAAUCAGUAUAUCAGAGGCUUUGGUACCUGUGAUCUACUCGCCCGUCUACAGCAAGGUGUACCUCAGUACGCUGUCAACGUUCGCCGGCGCCUUCUACCUCAUCAGCGCCGCGCUAGCCGUCCCUGCCAUAGUUAUUUAUUUAAGCCUGUAUAUUUUACGAAGAAAAGAAAUCGAGCAGAGCAAGUCCGCCGAAAGCAAGUCCAAGGAGAGCGAAGUUACGCGAUUUUAGUGAACUGUUGUGUAUAAUUUAUUGUUUAAUUUUUAGUUGUAUGCCUAUUAUGUACCUACCACAAAAUCUCAAUAAAGUUAAGGUUUGUAUUGAAA